GUUUAACUCAUUUUUAAAAUAAAAUACUGAGAAAAUAAAAAAAACAAACAAACAAAGAGUGCCUAUCCGGAGAAUUACUUGUAUCAUCAACAUAAUGGCAAACGAUUGUUGGAAUAAAUUUAAUAUUUUACCAGUACUCUGGUUCAUUGUGUUCGUAACCAUGUCGGAGUCAAAGUCAGUAAGCAGCUCUAGUGCGUUUUGUACCAAAGAAGAUCGUUGUACGGAACCCUUUAAGGAUCAAUCACGUUACGAUCAUUAUCGUGUCUAUAAUGUGGAAUUGGCCACAGAACAACAUGUAGAUCUGUUCAAGAAACUGGAGCAACAAAGUGAUAGUAUGUCGUUUAUGGGUCAUGCCCGUGAGGUGGGACAGAAAUUGACGAUUUUAGUUGCUGCCCAUAGAGUUGCUGACUUGGCUGAUUUGCUCGAGCAUUAUCAGAUCAAACAUCGUAUAUUGACCUACAAUUUCCAAGAGAAAAUCGACAAAAACUAUGCUUCCGUUUUACCCAUCGGCACAGAUCUUUCAAAAUUCGAUUGGCAUCACUACUAUCAUCUGGAAACCAUUUACGAAUGGUUGCAAUCGUUAGUGGCGAAAUAUCCCAACGUAGUAACACUACUCGAUAUGGGUAAUAGUACACAAGGCUUUCCCAUUAAAGGUGUUAAAAUUUCCCAUAAUCCCGCUAAUAAAGCCAUAUUCAUAGAAUCGGGAAUACAUGCCCGUGAAUGGAUAGCUCCAGCUGCCGCUACUUACCUAAUUAACACACUGCUAACAUCUAAUGAUGUAACUGUACAAAAUUUGGCUAAAAACUACAAUUGGAUUAUCUUUCCCAGUGUUAAUCCGGAUGGUUAUAAGUUCACUUUCGAACAUGAUCGUAUGUGGCGUAAGAAUCGUCAAAUAUUUGGCACCUGUCGGGGAGUUGAUUUAAAUCGUAAUUAUCCUGAUCACUGGAAUUCCACGGGCAGCAGUAGUGACCCCUGUCGUUAUGAUUUCUCGGGACCGUCAGCUGGUUCUGAGUUGGAAACACAAUGUCUAAUGAAAUUUAUCGAGAAAAAUGCCAAAAAGGAACAAAUUAAAACCUAUAUUGCCUUACAUUCCUAUUCGCAAAUGAUUAUGUUCCCUUAUGGUUACACCAAGGAUCGUGCAUACAAUUACGAUGACUUGAAAGAGUUGGGUCAAUCUGCUGCAAGUGCCAUAAAGUCGUUGUCUGGUCGUGAUUAUACUAGUGGCAGUUUAAUUGAAACUAUUUAUCCCUCCAGUGGCGGUAGUAUGGACUGGGCUUAUGCUGUUCAUAAAAUACCCAUUGCUUACACUUUUGAAUUGCGCGGUCCACCCGAUAGCCAAGACAUGUUUAUUCUGCCAGCCGAAGAGAUUUUGCCUACAGCUCAGGAAGCUUUUGUUGCCAUCCAGGCCAUUGUUGAGGGUGGCGCAGCUAAGGGAUAUUUCAAAUGAAUAAUCCAACUAACUAGCUAACUAACUAAAUAAUAAUACAAUAUUUUAAAACAUUUAAAUGUUGUUUAUUUUUUGUUUUAUAAAUGUUGUGGUAUGUUUAAUCUCAUUUAUUUCCAUUGUUAACUUUAUAUUGUAAGAGAUUUUUAGAUAAAUGGAUUUUAUUGUUCUCCAUUUUUUUUUUAAUUUUAAAUAAAUAAGAUAAAAUAUAA